AAGGACUGAAGAAAACAUCACAAAGAAAUGUGCUGUGGAGAUGGAGAUUGUAGGCCUUUGGCCUUCCUAUUAAGCCUGCCCUUCGCCUUUCUUGCUCUCCUCGUCUCUCUUGUGGGCAUCAUCAUUUGGAUUGUCGGUAUACUGUUGAGCAUCAUAUGCCCAUGUUGCCUGUGCGUGACUGUGCUAGUGGAGAUGGCCCUGCAAUUGAUCAAAGCCCCCAUCCACGUUAUGGAGUGGUUCACCUCUCAGAUUCCCUGCUAGAUUAAUUCUUCUCCCUCUUUUUGUAACUUCUUCUUUUUCACAUCUUUGUUAGGAAAUUUAAAGUAAAUUGUAGACUCUGUUUUAUCUUCCUCUGCAUCUCUUGUUGUUAUUGAAUCAUUUACUUCAUCCUAGUUGCUAUUUCUGAUCCUUCU